AGUGCUGUACUCAAGCUUCCUGUAUAAAUAAAUGCAGCUUUCCCACAGCUACUGCAUACAAGCUGUGACGUGCUUUUAAGAUAUAAUGGCAGCGUGCUCUUAAUAGCAGGGAGGGGAUGAUUUAUCGGAGUGGCAAAGGGGCUGGGAGACAAGUCCUGCUGCCGUCCUAAAAAGUGUACAGCUGUCAGAUACGCGGAGAAGAGGAAGGGCGUGCGAGAGCAAUCUGCCUCCGCUCCUGGUUGCGAGCUUCAGGGGUUUGUGACAUCGUGGUUUCUUGGGAACGCUGGAAUCUGAGUGCAGCUACUGAAAAGUCACACAGCUGGCAGUGAGAGCUACUCUCCUUUCAAGGCUGAGUGGACCAUUAAUGAGUGAAUGGAUUCUGCUGGGAAGACUUGUCCUCACACCAUGACAGCCGACGAGUCAGAAGCUGGAGAGUUAGCUCUGGAGCCCCUGCUCACUUGCAAGCUAUGUCUCUGUGAAUAUUCCCUGGAUAAGAUGACCACUCUUCAGGAAUGCUGCUGCAUGUUUUGUACAUCGUGCCUAAAACGGUACGUGCAGCUGGCAAUUCGAGAAGGUUGUGGUUCUCCUAUCACAUGUCCAGAUGUGGUAUGCUUGAAACAUGGGACCCUACAAGAAGCAGAGAUUGCCUGUUUGGUGCCUGUUGACCAGUUUCAGUUAUACAAGAGGCUGAAGUUCGAAAGAGAAGUCCACUUGGACCCCGAGAGAACAUGGUGCCCUGCAGCUGACUGCCAAACGGUGUGCCGUAUUGCACCGAGCGAGGCAGGAGCGCCAGUGCCAACAGAGUGCCCAACUUGCCACCUGACGUUCUGCUCCUCUUGCAAGGAGGCAUGGCACCCGCAGCGCCUAUGCCAGGAAAACCAAACUACUCCAGUACCAACUGAGCAGGGAUCGCUUAUUGGAACAGAGACAGAGGCACCAAUUAAGCAGUGCCCAGUUUGUCGGAUCUAUAUUGAGCGAAACGAGGGCUGUGCUCAGAUGAUGUGCAAGAACUGCAAGCACACAUUUUGCUGGUACUGUCUACAGAACUUGGAUAAUGAUAUCUUCUUACGACAUUACGACAGAGGCCCUUGCAGAAACAAGCUGGGCCACUCGCGGGCUUCGGUGAUGUGGAACAGAACUCAGGUUGUGGGGAUCCUCGUUGGACUAGGUAUCAUAGCAUUGGUGACCUCUCCCUUGCUGCUUGUGGCAUCUCCAUGCAUCAUCUGCUGCAUUUGCAAAUCUUGCCGAAGCAAAAAGAAAAAACACAGCCCACCAACAACCUAAAACUCCGCGUCUGUUGGAGCCUCCAUCUAUACAGCAUCCGUGUGUGAGAAAGCACAAUGGUUGUGUUUUGGUGCCAUACCUACCAAAUACUCCUCCCUUUUGUUGCCAAUUCUUGGGAUAAGUGCCUAUUCUUUACAGGCUACUCUAUCGCUAACAAGUCCCAGUGUGGGAAAAGUCUAGAUUAUUGUGCAGUACGUGUGGUGAAGGGUUUUGCAUUCUAAAAGGAAAAUGGGACCCCAUUCAGUAGUUCAUACCCUUAAAUGUGAGCUACCUUUUGAGACUGCUAGAACUUUACCAUCUUCCAUCAGCUGCACAUGACUUGAUCCUGCAGUGUUACUCUGCCAGUGCAGACCCAGUCAUUACUGUCGUGCUUUCUGUUGGUUCUUGGUGACACUCAGAUUUCUCAGAAGGUUUUGGGUAUUUUGCAAAAGAGGGAGAGGGAAAAGCCUGAUUAAGUUCUUCUGUUUGCUGGCUUGUGUCCCAUUGAAGGUAACAAACUGUUAAGAAAAUACAUUUGACAGUUUCCUGUCAAUUGGCUGCCAUGGCAUUUCUCUCAGCAUUGAAAUCAAUUUGAUUUAUACUAUUGAUCUCAAUUACAGAAAUGAAAACCAACAAAACUAUUUCUAACUAAGAUAGGGCUCUCUUUUGAGAGACUGGCCAAUCUUGAGAAAGCUGAUAUUUUUUCAGAUGAAACAUGACAUAUCUACCUUGAAAUAUUGGGAGUAUGCCUAUUUCCCUGCCAUUGGGCAUGCUUUUUGUCAGUAACAGGGGUGUAGCAAACUCACCAUGAAGCCAGUAUUUUAAGAAAGGCCAUGGUAUGGUUCCUAUUUAGCGUGCAGAAGUGGGAUCUUGGUGGUGCGUCUAUAGAGUGGCCUCAUGGGUGUGAAUAUACUGAGUCCAUAUGCACAACUUAUUUUCUAGGCAGUUGGUAUAUUUUUCAACAGUUUACAUGGCGUGGCAGCAAGAAACCCGUUAAAAAGUUACUCAGACCAGGCUAAGCCAAACCCUCCUUUAAAACCUUAGGGUCCCGCUGAAGCGAAUACUUGAGAAAUGCUGUGUAAAUGUAAGCUCCGUCCAUUGGUGGGUAUUUCUUCUGACCCACUCAGGGUUAACAAAGUCUGUUACCGAUAAUUUUUAGUUCCUCUAAAUCUGAAAGGCUGUCGUUUAAUGAACCCUUCAUUGUAAUUUGGUGCCUCACCACCAAGCUGAUUCAGACCCUGGUAUCAGUUACACCUGUAUAAGUUCACUGAAACCUCACUGGAGAGCUGGAGUUACUACAGGCUCACUCAGGAGUAGCUGAGAUCAGACUCCACUCCCUGGAGUUUAUUUCCUUGAUGGCUGGUGCUCCUCACAACCCUGGCCGGUGGUGGCUUUUGUUCUGGACUCCCAUCCCGUGCAUUUUAUAUCUGUGGGAACCGAUAAGAGUUUGCACUAUAUAACCCGUCAUAAUUCCAAACCCCUUUCGGUGAGGGCUCCAAUGUUGAAGUGAGACGCUCAGCCUGAGCGUCGUGUCGGGCUCUCCCUCCACCGGCCUGCCCUCCUCCCUGCACACAGCGUGAGGUACCCCAAGAGUCCUGCCAAGAGCGUCUUCGCUGUUGCGUUUGGCCGAGCCUCAGGAACUUUGCCUUCUUGGCAGCCGUAAAUGUGACCUUUUUUUUGUGUGUUGAACUUCGCUCUCUGGUUACUGUAACAGAAGUGGUAGAUGUUCUUAUUUUAAGAAAGUGUAGUCUGUUGAGCAGACUAGCAGGGACAAAGGCCUUAAAUAAUACUGUUUUACUUUUUAAUUGAUUUCUUUUAUAAAUACUGUCUGACUUUGCUACCAGUCAUGACUGGAGGGCAGGCAGUUCUCGCCAGUGUCAAAGGCUAUAUUUAUUUUCCAUCCAUAGCUUCGAAGGGAAGCAGAAAGGUAGUCAGUACAUUCUAAAUACAGAGUGCAAUGCAGGCAACUGCCAUUUAUAAUAAAUAGAGAAUGUUUUCUGUACGUGUUUUCUUUAAGAGCGGUAAUGGUAGUGCUUGAGGGUACUUGUGACAGAUUAAAGUGUCCAGCCCUUGGCUUUGCACUAUUUUUCUACCUAUGUUUUUAUGGCACUACUGUCAUUUCCAUUUUAUUUAUGAACUUGAAGUUGAGAGUCUUACUUUAACGAAGCCUCAAGGACAAAGAUAAAGGAGCUGUACAGUCUUUUUAACCAUAACCAGCGUUGCAAUGCACCGGUAUCCUUUGCAUGUUAAAAUUUGUGGGGUUUUCAUGUUUUGUGGUCUUACCUAUGUCCAAUGCACCCUCUGCUAGUCCGGUUUCUUUCCUUGUCCUCUCCCUCUUUCCCUUGGCCUGUUUUUGCUAAAUUGCCUAAUGGAAUGAAGGUGUCUCAUUUUUUUUUUUCAUUAAUACUGCUGUGUUAAUGAAACUGCCAAGUUCUUCCCUCUGUUAAAGAAAUGAAGUGAAGGCAGUUGUCUUACCCAGAAUACACAAGGUCAGCAUUUGAAUUGAAAUAUAAAUUUGACCUUUUCCGGUUCUUUAAAUUUUAUCUAAAGUUAAUGCAGGUCUCUCCAUAGAGUAGGGAUUUGUUUAAAUGGUUUGAAGGAUAAUAUUUUAUAAAAGCAUUGCACACGUGCAUAGCUGUAAAGUCUGGGAAAACAACACUAUUCAGUUUAUUUUUAACUCCUCAGUUUAAGUGCAGGGCAGCUCCUUUCAGAAGCUAAUUCCUACAGAGCAGGAGGAAGGUGUACCUUUUCUGUGUGCACAUUUUUAUUGCCGGUGCAAGUUUAGGUGUCUGGUGAGGGUACCAAAACCCGUAGAAAUUCGGUAUGCUGCUCUGUUCCUUUUGAACCGGGGAAAUUCAGCCCUUCUGAAAAUUGGGCUCUGGAUGUUUAAAGGUCAGAUCCUAAGAUUAGAGACCAGUGCCAGAAAUCUGGAUUUUUCCUGUAACCGGUCACAAAUCUCCAUGGCCACAUAUCUCAUAGUAAAUUCCCAGCAGUCACUGGAGCUGUGUCAAAUACAGCUGAGGGUCCCACUCAGCAUCUCAUGUCCUUGUGUUAAAAUGAGGAUGAUGAUGCCUUCUCUUAAUAAAAAUAUUUGUCAUGCUAUCGUGUAAGUACUUCCCUGCAGUAUUUAUCCUAGAACUGUGGGAGAUGGUCAAUGCUGCUGUUCAGUAAUUAGUGAUUUAUUAGCAGUGCAUGGGGUUACUUACCCCAAAGAAGGGCACGAGAGGUAACAGUAAUUAAUGUUUCUACAGUGCUUUAAUGAUGCUAAAUGCUGUGUACUGUUGUCUAUCCAGUAACAUAGCAUAAAGUCCAAAGGUAAGUUUAAAAUGUACAUAAUUUUUACUUGAAUGAACUAAGAGAAACAGGAUAUUACCUUCAUAUUUGCUUGAAGAUAUACAAGUGGACAGAAAUCAACUGCAUUUCCACAAAGGGACAAUGAAAUCAACUUUUGGCUGCUCUGUUCUCUGGUACCACAGCAGGUGGUUGUGCUGUAGUGCCUGGCGCUUUGAAAAUUUGAAAUCCGUUUUGCACUGUAAUCUCCUUCUCCCGGUCACUCUCACCUUUCUCAAACUAAUUCCUUUUAUGAUCGUAUUUUUCAUCCUCUAUCUCAGGCCAAAGAUUCUUAGAGCGAAAUCAGUAGAUUUCUUUGUAUGAGGAUAAAAAUCUUCCAACAGCUUUCUCCCAGGUUUUAAUAAGAAAUUUGAUGCUGAGGUAAAUGACCAAAGAUAGAAAAUCCAGACUUGGCUUGUUUAGAAAAACUCAUUCAGACUUAAGAAGUUGUCUUGGAAGGCCUAAAUAAGGACUGCUUUGUUAGAACUCGUAGGUAAAGGAGCCGUACAGCUUUUGAGCUUCACAGGAGAGAUGCUUCUGUUGCUGAGCAGACUGUUUUGGAAAUGUGCUGGGGAAAAAACAUGUCUACAUCCUAUAAAGAUAUUUUUAUUACAGAAAUCAAAAAAACUUCUCUUGUAUGGCUUCAUAUUUUAGGGACUCAACCCCCCUGGAGGCUUUCUAGGGUAUACUUAUACAGUAAGAUAAUUUUAAAAAUACACUAAAACAGUUGAACAUAGUGUGCUAGUUUUGAAACAGUUGUAAGACACCUGUCACACAUGAGUGAGACCCUAAUUUAUGUGGCUGGCAAUAAAGAUGUGAAAAUUUACCUCUCCUGGAAUAGCGAGAGUUGGUUCUUUUGCUGUCUGGCGGAAGGUGAACUUACUGCGAAGAUUCUGGAAAACUUCGGUCCAAUUUUUAUUUGUUUUCUAGUUAGUAAAGUAAUGAAUUGAGAGCUGAAUGGUUUUGCUGAACCGGAAGCCCAAAGGUCUGUUUUGUGUCACUACACCCAAGUUACUCAGAACCAAUUUGUUUUUAUAAUUUAUAAUUAUAAUUUAUACAAGUAAUAUAUAAUUUAUAAUUAGUAAUUAUAAAAUAUUAAUUUUGAAUUUCCUUUUAUCAUAUGAUAGAUUUAUUUUAGUUGCAUUCAUACUGGAAGCCUUCCUUCUUCUGCUUCCUGUCAUGGUGUCCUUCUGGUCAUGGUGUUCCUGGCAAGGUAAAUUCCUAUGAUUUCGUGCAGUCCACAGUAAAUGUUUACUGCUAUUUUUUAGUUAUAUCAGAGAUUUUGUUAGGAUCCCUCCAGUUAGUUCUUUGAAUCAAGCAAAUUUCUAUUGUUAGGAAAGGUAGUUUCCUAGCAAUGAAUUUUAUUGACCAUCACAACUUGGGCUAUACAAGAUGAUACUGGUUGGCAAGGUCCACCAGCUUUUUAGAAGACAUGACCUCAUUCUUUCCCCUUCUGCCUAAGAGGCUUUCUCUUUUCUUGGCUGAAAGUUAAGGACUUCAGUCAUUUGCUUGUGCCUUCUGGAUGUCCAAACAGAAGCAGCAGCUUCUGGUGGCCACGUGCCGGGAGAUCCCAGACAGGUUGAAUGUGCGAUGCUGCAGCACGUGUGCAGUCAGUUGCUUAAAAUUUCAGGGAGGUGCCUGAGCUUUAUGGCGUGCUGGGGCCCAUGCGGUGCAUGUGGUGCACGAGGGACUCAUCCAGGUGACUUCAUGAGUGCCACCAGCUGUAUGGCACGUGUAGUGCUGGGCCAGUGCUGCACCGCAGCCGUGGUGCCGGGCCAUCUCACCAUUCACGAGUGUAUCCCAGAGUUUCAUCAGGGGCCCUCUGUCAGGUUGGCCCUUUCCAUAGCUACCCGGCUCACCCCCAAAACUCCUCAAAUUCCACAGCAAAUCUCUGUUCCUUUUGUUUUCCAAUCUCUGCUGCUGGCCUGUUUCGAUUCAAAGAAACUUCAGUUCAGAUGAGUUAUUUGGAGCUCGGCUGGUCUAAGCAUUCGCUUUGCCUAAUGAGCAAGUCUUGUGAAUGAAGACAAGCAGAACUGUCGUGUACCACGCUGACGCUUGCAUCACAGGCGCCAAGGGUCACCUUGUGAGAACUCUUUUAACUGCCCCGGCAUUGCUUAUUUCUGAAAAAAAGUGUGCAUUUUAAAUAUGUAUGAUUCGAAGUGUCCGAGUCUGACACCGAGGUGUGUUUCUGAGCACUGGGGUGAACCGGCAGCGGUCAUGGACCUGUCUUCUGCCCAGUCCAAGGCAGGUGCUUGGCUCUGCGCGUUGCGAGGGAGGCACUGGGUUUAGCUAAGCUCUUCACAGUGCUCCCAACUCAUGUCAAUUUAAGGCCUCCCGGCUGGACUGAUGCUGCUUUUUCGGAUGCGUUUGUAUGAAAUAAAGCCUUGGCUUGAGAGGAGGAGGAGGGAGAGCACCGCAUUGCUGUGCGGGGCGAGCGGCACGGCAAAGAGCAGCUUUGUCUCGGCAGGAGGAAUCACUCUCCUCUCCACAAGGGCCAGCCCUUCUUGUUCGGGGGGGCUCGUCUCCUGCACCGCAGUGCACAGGGGCACAUUCCUCCUCAGCAUCUAGAUAUUGUUUCCCUGGUACCUGUUCAGGCUUACAUUUUGUUUAUCCGGGUUUUUUGUUUUGGUUUUUUUUCUUUUCCUCCAGGUAAUACACUUUCUUCACCACUUUUCUCCUGGUGAAGGGCAAAAGGGUUUGAUCUUUGUAAGAUUUGUUAAAAUAUUUUUGUGUUUAUAAGAGGAAAGCUGACAUAUAUAAAGAAAUAAGUGCUUUUGUAAUUUUUUUGUUGUAUGAUUCAGCAGUUAAACGUUUUACAGAUGCAAUUUUUUGCACUCUCUCUGCAUAUAUUCAUAAAAAAUGUAUUUAUUUUCUGUCUUUAAGGUUUACUUUGGGUUUUAUUUUCUUCUAAUGUUAUAAAAUGCAGU